AUGAGACAAAGAUUUGCCAGAGAUCGAGAGCUUCAUCAGAAGCGUCGUGAGGCUCAUCCAGUUGAUGAUGAGUUUCCAGGACACACGGAAUCGGUCAGAGAGCUUUACGAAAGUGACAAAUACGAAACCCCAUCGUUAGAUCACUUAUAUUUUCCCGAGGACCAAGCCGCCAAUGAGACCGUCAAGAUCGACAAAAGUAACCUGCUCUUGAUAGGACCUACUGGAGUUGGCAAGACAUAUAUCCUGGAAACUCUGAGCAAGAAGCUUCAAGUCCCAUUUUCCAUCUGCGAUUGUAACUCUCUGACACAGGCUGGUUACAUUGGCCAAGAUGUUGAAACAUGUGUGGAAAGGCUUCUGAUAGAGGCAAACUACGACAUCAAAGCUACGGAGCAUGGCAUCAUCGUAUUGGACGAGUUUGACAAGCUUGCCAGGCGCGAGACUUCAACAGGUCGUGAUGUGGGUGGCGAGGGUGUCCAACAAGCUCUGCUGAAGCUGGUAGAAGGCACGAAAGUCACAGUCAAUGUAAAGGACAAUCGAUCUUCCCGCUCCGCACCGCCGAUUACGACGAGCUAUAAUGGUGGAGGCUCGUCCAGCAGCACAGCCCAGGCCGCACCCCCAGCCGCCAAAGUGGACCAAUAUACCAUCGACACUACAAACAUCCUCUUUGUCUUCUGCGGCGCUUUUGUUGGGCUAGACAAGAGUGUCAUUCAAAGGGUUGCCAAGCCCACCAUGGGCUUUGGUGGCGAGGUCAAGGGGCGCACGACACUUUCUGGCGAACAGCAGGCCUUGCCUGCUCAGCUGUACAAGCACUUGGCCCAUCACGACACAGCUUCGACGUUUGCGCCUCUGGACCUGACUACGCCUGCUGAUUUGCAAAAGUUUGGUUUCAUUCCCGAACUGAUUGGACGACUGCACAACAUCUGCGCUCUGAGCCCUCUAUCAAAGGAGGACCUCUUCCGCAUUCUCACGGAGCCGCGCAACAGUCUCGUGGCGCAGUACACGGCGCUGUUUGAGACGUAUCCCUCCCGCCUCUACUUUACCGAAAAGGCCUUAUAUGCUAUUGCGGACAGGGCAUCGCAGUCUGGCACAGGGGCGCGUGGGCUCAAGAUGGAAAUGGAGCGGAUCCUCGGUGAGCCCAUGUUUGAUGCGCCGAUGCCCUAUGUCCUCAUCACUGAGGGCUGCGUCCAUGGCACCGAAAAGGCUGGCUACUGGGCCAAGGAUGGACGGUUCGAGGUGGAUCGGCGAAUGGAGGAAGAACAACUCAGUCACAGUGCUGAGCCGGCGACAACCUUUGAGCGUCUACGGGAAGCUGGACAGAGCGGUGGGUGA